AUGCAGGAAGACUCAAACGUCAUAUGCGUGGACUGGGGUGAAGGUGCAUUAGGUCUCUACAGCAAGUGCCAUCAGAACACCCGGGUAGUAGGGCGAGAGAUCGGUCUCCUGGCCCGCUUCCUCAACCUCGAGACCGGCAUGUAUUACAGGGACGUCCAUUUGAUAGGAAUGAGUCUAGGGGCACAUGCCGUGGGGUACGCCGGCGAGUUUCAACCCGGUAUCGGAAGAAUAACAGGUCUCGACCCCGCUGGUCCAUACUUUCGUGACGAGGGUCUCGACUUCCGGAACAACGGACCAGCGUGUCGUCUCGAUCCUACGGACGCCAUCUUUGUCGACGUCAUGCACACAGAUUCAAAUGACAUCACAGGACUGGGACAGAUGCAACAGAUGGGGCAUCAGGACUUUUACCCAAACGGCGGUCGAACCCAGCCCGGUUGCUCCGAGUCCGACCUCCUCUCAGGCUGCAGUCACAUGCGAGCGGUUGCUCUAUUCAGCGAGAGCGCGCGGUCAACCGCGUGCAGUUUUACCGCGUAUCCGUGCGAUAGCUGGAGAAUGUUUACGGCGGGUGAAUGCGGUGACUGCGGAGAAAGCGGUUGCGCCGUUAUGGGUUACCACGCCGAUCAGAAUACCGCGGUCACCGGUAAAUUCUACCUGCAGACCAAUCCGCGAUCGCCGUAUUGCUUUCAGGACUGCCUCAGACGAAACCAGAAGACACUGCAAGUUUUCUCGAUACUUAAAGAUUUAAAGGCAAUCAUGAACAUCUUGGUUCUACUCUUCGCUUUCUUUCAUGUGUAUCUUGUUCAAGCCGAGGAGAUCUGUUACGACGGCCUGGGCUGCUUUACAGACGACCUCGAGUGCCAUAAAUACCGUUUCCCGCCACAAACAUUGGAGGAAAUCGACCUCCAUUUUUACCUCUACACGCGCCGCAAUCGCGACACGCCCUAUGAGCUAUUCUGGAAUGACGUCGGGUCCAUUCGGAACUCGAACUUUGAUCCCAAGAAGAAGACGAAGAUUUUGACGCACGGAUUCCUAGGGAACUAUUCGGAGCCUAUCUACGCCGAGUUUAAGGAUGCCUUCAUUGCCAGGGAAGAUGUGAAUUUCAUCCUGCUCGACUGGCGAGAAGGGGCCGUCACCCUCUACCCACGGGCCAUGCAGAACGCCCGGGUGGUGGGUCGCCAGCUCAGUCUCCUCGUCCAGGCGUUCAACAGGGAGUUCGGAGCGUACUACCGGGACUUCCACAUCAUGGGGUACAGCCUUGGCGGGCAUGUAGCCGGGUACGUAGGGCAAGAGAUCCCUGGUCUAGGCAGGAUUACUGGUCUCGACCCUGCUGGACCAGGUUUUCAGAACACUGACGUCCCUGAAUGUAGACUGGAUAAAAGUGAUGCGAUUUUGGUAGAUGUGAUACACACCGACGGGAGACCAGUUGGAUAUGGAACACAAACACCGUUCGGUCACAUGGAUUUCUAUCCCAAUGGCGGUUCGGACCAGGAAGGAUGCUCUCUUGAUGUUGUCUCUGUAUGCAGUCAUAUGAGAGGAAGAGACUACUUCCUAGAGAGCUUGAUCAACAAAGACUGUCAGUUUACAUCCUAUCCGUGCUCGGACUGGAAUAGCUAUCGUCUCGGUCGAUGCAAUUCGUGCGGUGAUGAGGGCUGCCCGUCAAUGGGCAUCAAUGCUGAGAUCAACCCGAUAAAAGGUUCAUACUACCUCCGUACAAACGCCGAGUCUCUCUACUGUAUAGAAUAGAAUAUUGAUCAAGACAGAUUUCCAGGACAGUGAAUAUACCCUCCCGGACGGACAACUAACCCGGACAAUCAUCCCAGAAAUUAUCCCCUCGGACAAUAGUGCGAGGACAAUUACUAUCCCCCAAAAUGU